ACAGGGCUGUAAGGGUGUCAAAAAUAUUUAACAUCCUUCCUCCGUCUUUUUCGCAGAUGAUACUUUACACACUGCUCAGCAUCUUGCUUUUUUCACCUAAGAAUACAUCUUUAAGAGGAUCCCCUUUUUAAGGCCAGCGCUCUACUGUGUGAGUGUGAACUGCGGGAUCUGUCACUAUUCCUGUCCUGAUGGGCAGUUACGAAUGAAUGCUCAUAAACGAAGCAAGUGACUUGACGGCUUCUAAUAGGGCCUGUAAAUGCCCGGCACCGUGGGUAGGAGGUGGAGUGUCUCCGGUCCCACCCCCCCGCACUUCUUCAGGCCCGCCCCCGAGCUGUCCCCAGCGGCCGCUCUGAGACCUCAAACCACAAAGUCUUCUGCCUAGAAAGGCCGGAAGUGCCCUACGGCGCUAGCCUGGACCCGCCCCUCCGUUUCCGGCGUCGGCCGCUGGGGGAGUCCCUGCUGCAGUCCUCCGCGUCUGCUCGGUAGGAUGGCGCCGCGCCGAUGCGGUCCUAGCACCGAGAGCGUACGGCAGCCAGACGCUCCCACCGUUCCCCUAAGCCUAUCCUCCAUGGCAGGGGAUGGGGGAGGCCGGCCCUUCUGUCUUGUGUAUGCUCCCCCGUCUCCCGCACCGAUGCGCGGGCCUCCGUCGUUCUAGUCCUCCCACCCUGUUCCCGAGCGCCUGCUAGAGCCUCUCCUUGCCGUUUCCUGUCGCGCAGGAGCUCGUGGAGGGGAAAAGGGCGUAGCGCAGCGACAGAGAGAACUCGCGAGUUUGGGUGGCUCGCGGGCUCCGGAAGUACUGGGAGCGAGGCCGGAAGUGAGGGGGCGGGGCCAGGAAGUGAGGGGCGGGGAUUUAGGGGGACGUUGAGGGAGCUUUGGGGCAGAUUUGCACUCAGGGCCACCUGAGGGACUUGGCGGUUAACUCACAGCUGUGUCCCCUCCCCUUCGCAGAGACACGGUUGUCCUCUUGGGAGCAGGGAACUUUGGGGGAGGGUGGGCUGUCGGGAGAUCAUUUCUCUGGCUACGCCUGAGGCAGCGUGGGGAGACAGGGCUGGGGGUGGGGCCGGGUCGUUCAGGGCGCCUAGGAGGGAAGACCCCCGCCGCCUACCUACCCUGGCUGUCUGCACACUAAGAUGGCUGCCGUUGCCAUGGCACCCAACCCUGUGCAGACCCUUCAGGAGGAGGCGGUGUGCGCCAUCUGCCUCGAUUACUUCACGGACCCCGUGUCCAUCGGCUGCGGGCACAACUUCUGCCGAGUGUGUGUAACGCAGUUGUGGGGAGGGGAGGAUGAGGAGGAGAGGGACGAGUUAGACCGGGAGGACGAGGAGGAGGACGGCGAGGAGGAGGAGGUGGAGGCCGUGGGGGCCGGUGGGGGCUGGGACACCCCCAUGCGGGAUGAAGACUACGAGGGCGACAUGGAGGAAGAGGCGGAGGAGGAGGAGGAGGCUGUGUUCUGGACCAGUGGCGUGGGUGGGUCCGACUGGGACAGCAUGGACUACGUGUGGGAGGAGGACGACGAGGAGGAGGACCUGGACUACUACCUGGGGGACAUGGAGGAGGACCUGAGGGGCGAGGACGAGGAGGACGAGGAGGAAGUGCUGGAGGAGGACGAGGAGGAGGAGGAGCUGGACGCCGUCACCUCGCUGCCCCCGCCUCCGGCCCCGCGGCGGUGCUUCACCUGCCCUCAGUGCCGAAAGAGCUUCCCCCGGCGGAGCUUCCGCCCCAACCUGCAGCUGGCCAACAUGGUCCAGGUGAUUCGGCAGAUGCACCCGGCCCCUGGUCGGGGCAGCCGAGGGAACGAGCAGGGCAUUUGUCCCAAGCACCAGGAAGCCCUGAAGCUCUUCUGCGAGGUGGACGAAGAGGCCAUCUGUGUGGUGUGCCGAGAGUCCCGGAGCCACAAGCAGCACAGUGUGGUGCCGCUGGAGGAGGUGGUGCAGGAGUACAAGGCCAAACUGCAGGGGCAUGUGGAACCACUGAGAAAGCACCUGGAGGCUGUGCAGAAAAUGAAGGCCAAGGAGGAGAGGCGGGUGAUGGAGCUGAAGGUGGUAUCCACCAUCCCCUUUGCAUCAUCCCAGAGCCAGAUGAAGUCAGAGUUGGCCGCUGUGGCCUCAGAGUUCGGGCGGCUGACACGGUUUCUGGCCGAAGAGCAGGCAGGGCUGGAGCGGCGCCUCCGAGACAUGCAUGAAGCCCAGCUGGGGCGGGCAGGAGCAGUGGCAAGCCGCCUGGCGGAGCAGGCUGCCCAGCUGAGCCGCCUACUGGCCGAGGCCCAGGAGCGGAGCCAGCAAGGGGGCCUGCGGCUGCUGCAGGACAUCAAGGAGACUUUCAAUAGGACCCGAGUUCCUGCUUCCUGGACCCUCCUCUCCUUUCCCUUGGCUUCCACUCUUCCCUCUGGGAAUAUCGUGGUCCCACCCCCUGCCCCGUCCCCCUCCUCCAGGUGUGAAGAGGUACAGCUGCAGCCCCCAGAGGUCUGGUCCCCUGACCCGUGUCAACCCCAUAGCCACGACUUCCUGACGGACGCCAUCGUGAGGAAAAUGAGCCGAAUGUUCUGUCAGGCUGCCCGAGUGGACCUGACGCUGGACCCCGACACAGCUCACCCGGCCCUGAUGCUGUCCCCCGACCGCCGGGGGGUCCGCCUGGCCGAGCGGCGGCAGGAGGUCGCUGAUCAUUCCAAGCGCUUCGCAGCUGACUGCUGUGUCCUGGGGGCCCAGGGCUUCCGCUCUGGCCGGCACUACUGGGAGGUAGAGGUGGGCGGGCGGCGAGGCUGGGCAGUGGGCGCUGCCCGUGAAUCGACCCAUCAUAAGGAGAAAGUGGGCCCUGGGGCAUCCUCUGUGGGCAGUGGGGACCCUAGCUCCUCACGCCAUCACCAUCGCCGCCGCCGGCUCCACCUGCCCCAGAAGCCCCUGCUCCAGCGGGAAGUUUGGUGUGUGGGCACCAAUGGCAAACGCUACCAGGCACAGAGCUCAACGGAGCAGACGCUGCUGAGCUCCAGUGAGAAACCAAGGCGCUUCGGCGUGUACCUGGACUAUGAGGCUGGGCGCCUCGGCUUCUACAACGCGGAGACUCUGGCCCACGUGCACACCUUCUCGGCUGCCUUCCUGGGCGAGCGCGUCUUCCCCUUCUUCCGGGUGCUCUCCAAGGGCACCCGCAUCAAGCUCUGCCCUUGAUCAGCCUGCCACCCGCAGGGGCCUCUCUGGAUGGCACUGGGGGGCGGGUGGUGGUGGAGGGUGGCCCUAACGCUCCUCCCACUGUUGUUACUGCAUUGCUUCCUGCUCCCUUUGACCCCAGGCCCCUGCUCCUCCUCUUUGGAGCCUCAAGAACCCUCCUGGCCUCCAGUCGGCCUUGUCUCACCUACUAUGCCUGUCCCAACAGGUCUGCAUGGGUCUCUGACCAACAGCCGCUUGGUCUUUCCUCCCUGUCCACCCAUGGGUCUGGGUCUGAGUAGGGGAUGAGAGAUCUCUCUCCCUGUCCCUGCUGUUCACCGUCAGCUGCCAGGCUGGAGGAUUUGGGCAAGGCUCAUGACAGCUCCACUCUAAUUCCAUUUUCUGGUAGAAAUUUUAUCCUUGGGACUUUGAAGUUUUUUUGGGGAAGCAGGCUGGGCAAAAGGGUAGAGCUGGGUAAUAAAAUGUCUACUUUUUGGGGGAAGGAGGGAUUCUAAACUGUCCUUCCAUCCUCAACUUCUACCUCCAUAGACGGGCUGGAAUUUAGCUUCAGCAAGACCUGGAAUGGUCAACAUGAUGGAACCACAUACCAUUUCAUCGCCCAAUAAGUUAUUUUCUUUCCCCUUUUCCAGCACUCAGUCUAGGAGCAAAGCUCACCCCACCCCACCCCACCCCACCCUUUCAGGUCUUCACUGCCAGGCUCCUUCCCCCGUUGGUCAGUGUCCAGCCUCUAUGCCUUUAGUUCCUCCAUUUGCAGGCCCAGACAGGGAGCCUGGGGACUGGUUGGAUCCCCAGGAGAGCCUUGGGUAUAAUCUAUUUUUCUAGUAACCCCUUGCCUUCUGUCACUUAACAGCUUUUGACCUCUGCUUUGAUGGCCAAGGUCAGUUUAUGUUCCUGGGGGAAAAGAUGGGUUGUGUUGUGGAAAUAAAGUUUAUUUGCUGCU